AUGGGCAAUGGCAAAUUAACUAAAACACUGUCUGGAAUUAUUGGAAAUUUCAGGGUCCCUGAGCUCUCGCUGUUUCUUGACUUCCGAGCCUGUCAACUUUCUGUUUCUACAUGUUCUUGUUUUGUCACCCUGUUUGUCCUUCUCUCCAACAGGAAUCUGCGGAAAAUGUCGUUGGUCAUUCAGGGGCAGCUAACUAUCCCUUUGUAUCUUCAUUUUUCGGGUGCGAAUAUAAAUGGGGUUUCUCUGGGAGAAAACAGUCAAGUUUUCUCCUUAGAAAACGGUGUUCCAGGUGCAUCAACAGCCGAGUUCUUCCAGCCACCGCCGUGGACCCCACCACCUCAGGAUCACCCGUCCAACCUUCUGGAAUUCAUACAGCUGGAUGACCCAAUCGAGUGCCCUCAUCAUGAUUUCCAGGCCUACCUGCUUGGGGAGAAUCCGCGAAUGAUGUAUAUCGAAUCCUUCCUCAGUGAGCAGGAGAGACUUCAUUUAAUCGAGACAAGCAAGCUAGAGUAUGUCCCUGCCUCGGUAUACAACCCCACCACCAAAGAAGCGACGGACGGUGGGGAAUACCGACGCAGUGAAACUGCUAUUCUCACGCGCGAUCCAGUGGUUAAGUGCAUUGAGAAGCGUGCGCAGUCCCUACAACAGUGGACCAACAUGGCUCUUGAACCCCUCGCAAUUCAACGCUAUCAAAAGGACGGUUACUUCCUACAUCAUUUGGACGCAAUUGGCGGAUCGAUUCUUCCAGACCGCAAGUCUACAUUCAAUGUUUGGCUGGAAGGGAAAUGUACGGGGGGGGGUACCCAUUUCCCAAUGAUUCCACGGUGGGAGGACUCGGCCCUCUGCGCCUUUCUCGAUUGCUACUCGACGGAGAAUGGUACGGUAUUCAAACCUCUGGCUGGGAAUGCCCUUUUCUGGGAGAAUAUCAGACCAGAUGGAAGUCCGUACGAAGAAACCGUGCACGCAGGACUACCAGUGCUUAGUGGGACGAAGAUUGGGUUGAAUAUUUGGAGCUGGGUGUUUCCAGACGGAGAUCCCCGGGACAGUCGAUCGAACCUUGGAAAGUACAGCAUCAUCGAUACAACAGAUGCAGAUGUGAGGACAAGUGCAGAUACGUAG